UGUCCGGUUAUCAAUUGAGAGCUGCUGCCUUCGCCAACAGGGUCAGUUCUUCCAGUGAACACGGAAAAUAUGACAAGGAGUCGGGAAGCUAGACAUCAGACCGAGAGCUUCCUGACAGCAGGUGCUAGACAUCGACCGAGUGCGUUGCAGCGAUUAGAGUAAUUGACAUUUUGCAUUCUCCUCAGUAACUGCGCCUAUAGGACUUACUUGGAUUUCAAGGACGAGGGUUUGCAAGUGAACUGUGCCAGAGAGGGGAUAUAAUAGAUUGCAUUUCGAGGAUUAAAGGCCGGCACUAGAGGAUUUGGUAGUGAAUUGGAGAGAGGAGGAUCGAAGCAGGGAAAAUGAUUCUGCUGGAAGGUCCAUCGCGGGUCUUACAGCAAAUAUUUCAAAAUCGCCUUCGAAAUACGGAGAAGUUAGCAGAGGUUGACUUCCAUAUCGUAGAGUUCGAUGACAUUCGAUUUCACGUUCAGGGUUCAGAAAAGGAUACUCAGCACAUAACUAUCUCAGUAGCAGUGCCCUCCCCUCCACCCGAAACCGUUUUUGACGGAGGCCUUCCUUCUGGUGCAUUGGAGGCCGUGAGAUCUGCAUAUGGAGCGUUUGUACAAGUCAUUGAGCCCCCAGAGUCUGGGUUUCAUCUCACCAUUCAAGUGGAUCUUACGAAAAUCGCAUCAUCUGAAACUGAAAGAAUACAGCAGAUAACAAAGAUAGCUUCCUUGCGAACUGUUGUACUCGGGGCCCCACUUCGUCACAUCCUCAAGCAUUUAGGCAACAGAUCGGUAGCUCCAGAUGCUGAUAAUCUUGUUGCUUUAAUGCAUCGGCCUAGACAAUCUUACUUUUUGAUUCCACCACCUGGAAAAGUAACGGUUGUAUUUCCUAUGCGCUAUAACGACAGUAACGAUGUUGUUCUCGCGACAUCAUUCUUGCAGGAGUUUAUGAAAGCAAGACGAUCAGCAGGAUUGAGUACAGCAUCACCUUGCUUAUGGGCACCCACUCCACCCCUUGCGCUUAAAGGAGCUCCAGCGCAUGCUUUAGAUGCGAACUGUGGUUUUGUAUCUUUUGUGAUUUUUCCUCGUCAUGUUGAGAGUGAGAAAUUGGAUAGAAUUGUAUGGAAUUUGUCAACCUUCUAUGCAUACAUCAGUUAUCACAUCAAGUGCUCGAAAGCAUUUAUGCAUCCCCAGAUGAGAAGACGGGUGAAUACGCUUUCUCAGCAAUUGGAUAAAACGAAGUUGGAAAUUGAGAAGCAGAAGAAAAUUGCUCAAGGUCGAAGCUUCAGACGACCUGUCUAAUUACGCUCAUUCCGUGUUAGGAUUUGUGGUCAUCUUACUGGAUACGUUUGGUUAUAUGGUAAUCGGUUUGGAGAUAGAUGAUGGAAAUCUCAUGAAAGGCCUUGUCGGAUUCCGAGCAGCUGCGGAAACCACCAUUUCAUGAAUGAAGUUUUGAUUAAGUACGUGUAUUUAGAAUGGAGAAAUUACAUGCUAAAUGUUACGAUUAUAAAUGGGUAUGAUAUUAGCAAAGCAUUGGUCAUCAUGUUUAUUUAGAUACGGAAAGUUUAAAUUAAUUCUAGUUUUAUGACUGCGAGUGGAGCUUCUA